UCUCGUGAAGAUCGAUUGUGAAUCAACAAAAAAAAAAAAGGAAUUAAUUGCAUUAAAGAAUUUUUAAAGAUUUUUUUUUGGGCUUUAAGAAGAAACUAAAGAAAUUUUGACUUUGUUUUUAUACUUAUCGCCCUCCUCCUCCAUAUUAAGCAUCUAAAUUUAAAGAUUUUUAAAUCAUAUAGAGCAAAAUAAAUAUAAAAUUAAAUAAAAAAAUUAAAUUUAAUAAAGAAAAUUUAGUUGGAAAUUUUAUUUAAAAAAUCAAUAAAAAAUAAUGAGCGGAUCUGGAAAAGGAUUACUUGGUUUAUGGCUUUAUCGUAGCGGAGAACAAGAAUGGGCAAUUAAACAUGGAAGUCCGAUUCAUAAUAAAACUAAAGAGAAUGAUGAAAAUGAUGUCAAUACAUUGAAAAAAGUUGCUUCUCCAGAGGAUCGAGUUUCAAUAAUAUUCACAUUGAAAAAUCAAAUUGGAAAUCUGGCUAGAGCACUUCAAGUAUUCCAAGAACUUGGGAUUAAUGUAUUACAUCUGGAACUGCAACCAAUGGAUUCCAUGGCAAGACAGGCUGACGUACUUGUGGACAUAGAAUGUGAUUAUAAUCGAUUGGAUCAGGUCAUUCGGAUGUUAAAGAGAGAAGUACACUCAGUUAAUUACACAACAGCUAGGGAUGGUACAGAUCGUGUUCCACAUACCCCAUUGUCGGCCUGUUCAAGUUUCGAUUUUGGGGAAAUGGUAUGGUUUCCAAGGAAAAUAAGUGAUUUAGAUAAGGCACAAAAUGUUCUAAUGUAUGGGUCAGAACUUGACGCAGACCAUCCCGGUUUCAAAGAUCCUGUAUAUAGGAAAAGAAGAGAACAAUUUGCAGCGAUUGCAAACAACUUUAAACACGGGCAUGCAAUACCCAGAGUACAAUAUACUCCUGAAGAAGUUAAGACAUGGGGAACUGUUUUUCGUGAGCUUUAUAAGUUGUAUGUUCAGCAUGCUGUUCCAGAGUUUAUGGAAAAUUGGCCAUUGCUUGUAAAAUAUUGCGGAUAUCGUGAUGACAAUGUUCCACAAUUACAAGAUGUUAGUGAAUUUUUAAAAAGAAAAACUGGAUUUCAAUUAAGACCGGUUGCUGGUUAUCUUUCACCUAGAGAUUUUUUAUCAGGUUUAGCAUUUAGGGUAUUCCAUUGUACACAAUAUAUUCGGCAUUCAUCAGAUCCAUUUUAUACUCCUGAACCUGAUUGUUGCCACGAACUUUUGGGACAUAUGCCGCUUUUGGCAAAUCCCAGUUUUGCACAAUUUUCUCAAGAAAUUGGCUUAGCAUCGCUUGGAGCCGCAGAUGACGAUAUAGAUAAAUUGGCAACUCUUUAUUUCUUUACUGUUGAAUUCGGACUUUGCAAGCAGCCAGAUAAUUCUUUUAAAGUUUAUGGAGCUGGACUACUUAGUUCGGUUGCCGAAUUACAACAUGCUAUUGCAGCCCAGAAAAAAAUAAAAAAAUUUGAUCCCGACAUAACUUGGAGAGAGGAAUGCAUCAUUACAUCUUAUCAAAAUGCUUAUUACUAUACGGAUUCUUUCGAAGAAGCAAAAGAAAAGAUGAGGGCGUUUGCAGAUAAUAUCGAAAGACCAUUUGGGGUUCGCUAUAAUCCAUAUACUCAAAGUGUAGAAGUUUUAUCAAAUGCUAAGAAAAUAACCGCAGUUGUAAGUGAAUUGAAAGGUGAUUUAAGCAUCGUUUGUUCGGCUUUACGUAAAGUUUCUGCAUUAGAUCAAGAUUUGGAUGUUGAAAGUAUUGCAAAUAUGCUAAGUACAAGUUUGAACGUUUGUGGCGAACGUACUCCUAUCAGUCCUUUGAGCCCGGACAAUUCAGAUAGUUCAACAAAAUCUUUAAAAACUGCAACUUCAAAUAAUGAAGACAAUAAAAACAAUUAAAUUCUUUAUUCUACGUUUAAAUCGAACAUUUGGGGACCAAGAUUUAAAAAAAAAUUCCUAUUAAGUUUAAAAAUCUUAAAUAUUUUUAUUAAUAUUUAAAUUCUAAUUGUUAAAAAAGCACUCAGAAAAUAUUCUGUAUAUAUUUUGUGUAUAUUAAAUAAAACGGAUGUGAAAGUAAA